AUGGGGACGUUGCGGGUUCUGACCUAUGUUGGACACAUGGUCGGAUCGGCCAUUGGUGGGACUAUCACCGAAACAUAUGGAACAACGGCUACAUUUCUGUGUACCGCCAUGUUGUCCUGUGUGUCAGCCUUACUCGCCUGGAUCUACAUUCCUGCAGACACAAAGCCACUCAGAGACAAGAACAAGAACGUACCCAAAAGCAGGGGCAUCGUCAGCCUCAGUGACAUCGUGAGGCCAAUGCAGACUCGGGCAGUGGCGCACCUACUCGGAAUCCGGUUCUCCUUCAUUAUGGCGAACCAGCUCAUCCUGAAUUCCUUCCCCAUCAUACUGAGAGACAACUUUGAGAUGGGCCCCCAGGAAGCUGGCAUGUUCACCAUGUACAGCACCCUGGCCUCGGUGGUACUCCAAGUGGUGUUGAUCCGUCCGCUGACCAAGCGCUACAAGGACUUCCCCCUGCUGAUGCUGGCUUCACUGGCGUUGACCACUUCUUACAUGACACUGACAUGUAUGACGGAAAACUGGCACCUUUACGUUUAUGCCAUCCUGAAAAACUUCGGAGUCAUCCUGAGGAACAAUGUCGUCCUGUCGGCCCUGUCAAAAGCGGCACCUGGCGAAGACACAGGUACUGUGAUGGCUUUGGGAGCCAUGGUCGAAAGUCUGACGCAGAUCAUCUCUCCACCAAUCAGCGCCUACUUUCUGGAUCACGUGGGCUACCAGUAUUUAGGAGCUACCAGUUCCACGAUCACUGCUAUGGUGACCGGGUUUAUGUUACUGACUAGGGAAGAAUUCAAAUGAGAACAUGUUUACUAUAUGUUUAAAGUUAAAACUUUAGAUCUAGAUCCAACACGAUCCAACAAGAUCCAACAAGUUCUCUCACCUAGAGCUUUCGACUAGUCACUCUGGUCUUCCUCAGUAGACU